AUGCCUGUGCGGAAAAAGCAUGGUCCGUACGAUAUCAUCGCUGACGAUGUGUACGACUGCCGAAUUCCACUUCACAACGAACUCGCUUAUCAGCAUGGCAUCCAUUUCGAAGCAAAGUAUGUCGGGAGCAUGGAGAUUCCGAGACCCGGGACGAGGAUUGAGAUUGUGGCGGCGAUGCGGAGAGUUCGGUACGAAUUCAAAGCUCGCGGCAUCAAGAAACGUCCAGUCGACAUUACCGUAUCCGUCGACGGUGUCAAAGUUGUUCUUCAACGAAAGAAGCAAAAGGAGAAGGGUCUCUCUUGGGAUGAAUCCAAGCUACUCGUCAUGUUCCAUCCAAUUUACAGGAUAUUCUACGUGUCACACGACUCUCAAGAUCUUCAAAUAUUUUCUUACAUUGCUAGAGAUGGAGCCAGUAAUACAUUCAAGUGCAACGUUUUCAAGUGUUCGAAAAAGCGCUCAUUUAUUUAUGAGAAAGUUGUGAGGAAUCGUGAUGUUUAUAAAUACUGUGUUGUCCACCAAAUGUGUAUUUUGAAAAAAGAAAGUGAAAUUUUGGCGGAAUCAUGUUGA